AUGGAUACUAAAGUUAUCCCCGCUAUAAAGCUUUCUGGUCUUUCACUUCCUGUCAAAAACGUACAAGAACUGGCUUCCCAGAACUUAGAAGCCAUCCCACAUCGAUACAUCCGACCUGAAACUGAGUCUGAUGAAGUUUCAGUCGAUGAGUCAUCACAACUUCCAGUUAUUGAUAUGAACAAGCUUGCAUCUGGAAGUAUUGAAUAUCAAACUGAAAUGGCAAAACUUCACCAGGCUUGCAAGGAAUGGGGAUUCUUUCAGUUGAUUAAUCAUGGAGCAACGACAGAAAUCGAAAAUACGAAGGCGGCGGUACGGGACUUCUUUAAACUGCCAUUAGAAGAGAAGAUGGUGUAUGAACAACUUCCAGGAGGUCUUGAAGGAUAUGGUCACGCAUUCGUUCUUUCGGAUGAUCAAAAACUCGACUGGAAUGACAUGCUCGCUAUAAUUGCUCUGCCAAUCUCUGCAAGAAAUAUGAGAUUCUGGCCUAACAAGCCCGAAUCCUUCAGAUCAGCCUUCGAGCAAUACUCGCGGGUGUUGCACAAAAUUUCCACCAUUCUUUGCGAAAUGAUGGCCGCGAAUCUCGGGGUGGAAUUCAAGGAAUUUUCAGGCAUGUAUAAGGAAUUAGUACAAACGAUAAGAGUGAACUAUUAUCCGCCAUGCUCCCAAGCUGACAAGGUUAUUGGUAUCUCUCCACACACUGAUGGAAAUCUGUUAACCUUAUUGGUUCAAGUCGAUGAAGUGGAAGGUCUCCAAAUCAGGAAAAAUGGAAAAUGGGCACCUAUUAAACCACUUCCAGGAGCCCUCAUUGUCAAUACUGGUGAUGCAUUGGAGAUAAUGAGCAAUGGGGAGUAUCCAACCGUUGAGCACAGAGCUGUGGUGAAUUCAGAGAGGGAAAGGCUAUCCAUUGCUGCAUUUCAUGGUCCAAGUGCAGAAGCAAACAUCAGUCCCCUGCCGGAUCUUGUGAAAGCAAAUGGAGCCAAAUACAGGACAGUCAAGUAUGAGGAGUAUCUGAAAGAGUUUCUUAGCAGCAGACUAAGCGGCAAAAGCCAGCUUGACGAUGUGAAAAUAUACAACUGA